AUGUCCGUCGAAAUAGAUCCCGCUGAACUGGGCUUCAAAAGACCCUUCAACCGCGAGGUCAGCCAGACGCUGCAUCUGCGCAACCCCAACCCGGAACCCGUUGCAUUCAAGGUCAAGACGACUGCUCCGAAACAGUAUGUUUACUCUCUGCGCCGUGCUGAUAUCAUUUCUCUUGAGCCAUUACCUGACCCUCUCAGCUACUGUGUGCGCCCCAAUUCCGGUCGGAUAGAACCCGGGAAAAAUGUCGAAGUGCAGGUGUUGCUACAGGCGAUGAAGGAGGAGCCACCACUGGACGCCAAAUGCAAGGACAAGUUCCUCGUGCAGUCGGUAUCAGUUUCUGGUGAAUUAGAAUUUGCGAAUGUGACCUCCAUCUUUGAAAAAUCCGCCAAGUCAUCCAUUCAGGAACGCAAGAUCCGCGUCAACUUUCUCCCAGCAGAUGGAGAGACAAACGGAGUUGCACACGAGGAGGAACCGCCCGCCUAUACCUCUCCAACCGCCCACAACUUCGAGACUCCAGCCACCGGCCUGUCGAGAAAGCCUGCUGACGAUGCCUCCCCUAUCCCCCCGCCUAACUUUGGCGACCGAUCUACAAGCGAGCAGCCUAACUCACCUUCGAAUGAUAGCGCCUUCGGAUCUGCUGCUGCAAGUGUGAAGGCCACUGCUGCUAGUGCCGUCAGUGCAAUACCCACUUCGAGCGAAGAUAUCAAGGCACAACUGGCAGAAGCCAAUGCUCAGAUCCAGAAACUCAAGAGCCAGCUUAUGGACGGAGGUCUAAGGCAGAGAAAGGCCGGCGCGGCCGGUGAAGAGAGUGCCACUCCUCAGUUGCAGCAACAGCACCCACAGUCAGUAGUGACGGGAGUUCCGGUCCAGGUGGUCGCCGGACUUUGUCUUCUCAGUUUCCUGCUGGCCUACUUUUUCUUCUAG